GUUAGCGUAGCAGCUAACGCUUCAAGUGGGCAAGUGCGAGGUUCAAGUGUUGUUCUUGUGGUCGUCGAACUGUCAACAACAUCAAAAUGUUGAAAGACUUGGUGAGGGAGCGACUAAUUGCGGCCGCCGACGAAAUAUUCGGACUGUUUGAAGGAACAAUCGCGUCGUACGAGGAGCAACUUUGUCGAGCGAAAGCGGAGACCGAGCGACAACGACGACAACUGGAAGCUGUUUGCAACACUCAAAUUGUCUUACGUGUCCAAGACGUCCAGCAGCCGAUUUGUCAUCCGGAAGAACUUCCUCGUCAGUCGCAGUGGGGGUGCUCCAGUCUGGAGCAAGAAGGUCCACAGCACCUCCAUGUUAAAGAGGAAGAGGAGGAGGCUGACGUCAGCAAGUUGCCACGAACUCGAGUCUCUGUGAAGAGUGAAGACGAACCACCUGAGUCGUCGCAGCUUCAUCAUCACUUUGGAGGAUCACCACCGGACAACCUCUUAGCUCCACUGUCAGACAGCGACGACAUGGAAGAACCUUUGAGGAGCGACGAAAACUGUGAAGGUGAAGACAAACACUUGAAAUGCUCUGAAAAGGAGACAAGUCUUGACAACAAGGAACCUUCACGAAUGCAUAGAGAACGUGUUACCUGCUCAGUUUGUGGUGAUAGUUUCUCUAAACAACAUUUCAUUGGACACAUGAGAAUACACACAGGAGAAAAUCCCUUUCGUUGCUCAGUUUGUGGUAAAGACUUCAUUAAAAAGUCAGAUAUGGGUAGACACAUGAGAAUGCACACAGGAGAAAAACCCUUUAGUUGCUCAGUUUGCGGUAAGGCCUUCAUUAAAAAGUCACAUAUGGAUAGACACAUGAGAAUACACACAGGAGAAAAACCCUUUAGUUGCUCGGUUUGUAGUAAACCAUUCAUUGAAAGGGGAAAUAUGAUUAAACACAUGCGAACACACUCGGGAGAAAAACCCUUUAGUUGCACAACAUGUGGUACAACAGUCCCGAGAAAGCAAUAUCUAGAAACAAACAUUAGAAAACACACAGUAGAAAAACCAUUUGGUUGUACAACAUGUGGUACAGCAUUCUCUAGAAAGCAACAUCUGGAAAUACACAUGAGAAAACACACAGGAAAAAAACUUUUUUGUUGCUCACUUUGUGGUAAAGAGUUAAUUAACAAAUCGGAUAUGAUUAGACACAUGAGAAUACACACUGGUGAAAAACCCUUUAGUUGCUCAGUUUGUAGGAAAGGCUUUACACUAAAAGACAACAUGGUAAAACACAUGAGAAUACACACAGGAGAGAAACCCUUUAGUUGCUCAGUUUGUAGUAAAGCAUUCAUUGAAAAGUCAAAGAUGACUCGACACAUGAGAAUACACGUAGGAGAAAAAACUUUUAGUUGCUCAGCUUGUGGUAAAGGGUUCACUAAAAACUCACAUAUGGUUAAACACAUGAGAAUACACACAGGAGAAAACCCCUAAUGAUGUUACGAGAAGCGCCAAGUGUGUGUCGUGCACUGGAGGGAGCGUUUCUGCAACAUUGCAGUGUGCCACCUGUUUAGUGAUUCAACUUGGAUUUUUAUUUGAACACGUUUAACAGUGACCUGGUACUACAAUGGAGAAGUUAACUUUCGCCGAGACAAUUUCACUAUUGGUUGACAUUGAUUCCUUAUGUUAUUAUUGUUUGUGUUUUAUGUUUUCAUAACUGCAAUUUUGUUUGCACCAUACAUUGACAAUAAAGGCUUUCCACUAUAUUUAUGUUCAGUCUGUUUAUACAGAACUUUGUUACAGCUGUGGUUGUUUUU